GGCUUCAGAUAAUUUAGGCUUCUGUGUCCCCAAGAUGUGAUUUGUCAAACUAGGAAUAUUACUUUAGCUUUAGAAUGUUUACUUUCCUUCUAUUUGGUAUGAGUGAGGGAAAAUAAUCCAAACAUUUGAAUUCCUUGUCUUUAUUUUUCAGUAGAAAAAAUAAUGGAGAUAACUUUACUUGAAAUGCAUAUAUUUAAUAAAAAUAUUAGAUUGAUAAUUUAAAGGAACUCAGUCCUAAAAUGAUAACUAUCAUUAACUGUCCCCCACUCCAUAUCAAGGUUGACUGGUAAAGCAAAUCACUGAGUAAGCAGUUCCCAUGCUCUUUCUGUAAGUCAGCUAGGUGCUGGGCAUAUAUAUAUAUGGCUGUUAACAUCACUGAUAAGGUCCCUGCCCUAUGGUUCUUGUCUAGCUUUAAAUAAAAACAGGACAAUUGAAUUAAUUAAUACUUUGCUUGGUACUGUUUUGGGACUGAAUCAACUUAUUUUUUGAAGUAGAAUCAGUUUUACUUAGACAGCUGUACAAACAUAACUUCAGUAUUUAGUCUUGGAAGACACGCUAAAUACAUUUCAAGUCUGUGCUUCCUAAACAUGAAAACUAGAGAAAAGAAACUGAGUUGGAACCCCCAUGGCCUUCACAUUUCUCAUGUAUGGAAACUGAAAACAAAACUAGGUCUAACCUACUAUUAUUUAAUACAUUGUUGAGAGGGAAAAAAGGAAACUCUGUUUAGCAUAUUAUCUUCAGACUUCCUGUAAAGUGAAAUUAACCUAAUCAGUACUGGUGUUUCUAAAAACAUAUCAAGUGUUUACAUUUUAAACGUAAUUGUUAAUGAGCUGUUAUUAUGAAAGUUCACCACGCCACUUUAAAUCACUUGCUGAGCCAGCCAUCAGAGGCUUACAUCCCAGCAAACAUUUUCUGGUAUUUGCAGGGCACAAUUAUGAUUGACUACAAAUUUCCCCACACUUUCAUUACAGGAAUUAAUGUAGUGAAUUGCUAUAUAAAUUGAUGCUGUGAGGGAAAGGCAUGCUAAGAGGUUCUAACAAGACUGUCGGUGGCUCAGUAGUUUGUAAAGUCAAACUUCUCAGGGUUUUUAGACUGCCCAACCCUCUUUCUCAAUGUAUCUUUUCUCCUUUGUCUAGGUAGCAAACUAGGAAAGGGAGAGAAUGGUUGUUUUAUGUCAAUCUUUUGUAGAAGCAUGGCAUGCUAUAGGAUUUGUAUACUUGUAAAUCCAAGUUGUACAUCUUAAUGAAUUUUCCCAAAGUCACCAUGUUCAAGAAACCAGCAUCUUGAAGAAGAGGUAGAAAGAACAUGAGCCUCUCAUGCCAUUUUCCACUCACUACCAUGCUUCCACUGAGGUUGUCAUUAUCUUGACUCACCUGAGAUUGGAUUUAUCAUGUUUUCGAAUUUGUGUGUGUGUGUGUGGUUUUUUUGUUUUAUUUUGUGUGUGUGUGUUUUUUUUUGAGAUAGGGUCUUACUCUGUCACCCAGACUGGAGUGCAGUGGCACAAUUAUAGCUCACAGCAGCCUUGACUUUUUGGGCUCAGGAGAUCCUCCCAUCUUAGCCUCCCAAGUAGCUAGGGCUACAGGUAUGUACAAUCACACCUGGCUAAUUUUUUUUAUUUAAAAGACAGAGUCUCAUUAUGUUGCCCAGGCUGUUCUUGAACCCCUGCCCUCAAGCAAUCCUCUCACCCCCCACCUCCACCACCAAAGUGUUGGGAUUACAGAUGUGAGCCACUGUGCCUGAACUAAUUUUAAAUAAUAAAUAGAAUCAUACAGUAUGGGCUCCUUUGUGUGUGGUAUAUUUUUCUAAACAUUGUUUGUGAAAUUCGGAAUGAUCUUUUUGUGUUUAAUUUUAAGAAAUAAUGUAGGCUUGAUCAGAUGCAGUGGUUCAUGCCUAUAAUCCCAGCACUUUGGGAGGCUGAGGCCAGUGGAUCCCAAGUUCAGGAGAUCAAGACAAUACUGGCCAACAUGGUGAAACCCAGUCUCUACUCAAAAUACAAAAAUUAGCUAGGUGUGGUGGUGCAUGCCUGUGGUCCUAGCUACUUGAGAGGCUGAGGCAGGAGAAUUGCUUGAAUUGGGAGGCGGAGGCUGCAGUGAGCCAAGACUGCACCACUGCACUCCAGCCUGGGUGAGAGAGUGAGACUCCAUCUCAAAAAAACAAAAACAAAAGAUGAUAUAGGCUCAUGGACAUCAAAUGAAAUCACAGGUUGGAAAAAUACUACUUUGGAUACUUUGUAGUGCCUUGCAAAUAUAGCCAUGCAUGGCUGACUGAGAAUCUCAGUAGUCUGGGGUGUUUUCAUGUGUUUGGGGAAAAAAUUGGUUUCAUUUAGUUAUUACUGACUCGUUCAGCCACACCAUUUGUAUGUGCAAAUUUGACAGUGAUUUAUUCCAGGUAACUCAUUUAUAUCCUAAUAGAUAAAAUGGUAAGAUUUUCAGAUAUCAGGGUUCCAAAGGUCAUCUUAGAAAUGUACUCCCUGAGGUUUAUUCUUGUACAGGUUAGUGGAUAAUUUUUUAUAAUUGACUAAUUAAAUGGAGGCUAGAGUAUUUUUGAACCUAAGGCUAUAUCUUAAUGUUUCUACCUUUUUCUAUUUAAUUGCAUUAACUAUGUGAAUAAUCUAUAAUUACAAUAUUUUUUUUUCUUUCAGUGUCACAAUAUACAUAAAAUUUGGCUUACCGGCCAGACUAUAUACUAGAUUACCAUCUUCUGGGAGGCCACAUAUGUAAUGGUUUUUAAUGGUUUCCUCGAAAAGAACACCUCUUAACCCCCAAUGCCCACCAUCCCAUCCCAUCAAAACCAAAUUGAUCAUCUUCCCAGCAACACGUUGCAGAGGUUAAGAACAUGAGGUGGGAUCUGUUGGGUGUGUAGGUGGAUUCGUUAGCCUUGAAAAGCUUCCUUUCCACCUCUGAAAAUGAGGUUAACAGUAGCACCUCUCACCAAAGGUUAUUGGGAGUCCAAUAACACAGAGAAUGGAACCCAGUUUCUGAUACAAUCUGAACACUCAAUAAAUGCCAGUUAGUGUUGUUAUUAGCAUUCUCUUUUAUAAUUACCCCUCUUAAUCCAUAGGGAUUUCAUGAUUACAUCAAGCAGGUGAUCCUAAGAAGAAUUCUUUCUUAAACUUUAAGUCAAAACCAAACUUCCUCUGCCAUCCUUCAAGUGGCGCAGACUCACGGAAACGCUAUCCAGAGCAAUGGGAUGCAUCACUGAUAGAUUUUUUAUUUUUAUUUUUACAGCACAACAACAACAAAAACCCCCGCAAAGUGGUGGUAUUUUAAUGCUGGAGCAAACCCAGUAUCAUUUUUCAAUAUCUAUCUGAUGACAAUCGGGUUAUUAGGCUGUCAGAAUUUUUUGAUAAAAUGUAGUGUUGGACUACCUAAUUACAUUGCUUCAGAGUCCAGUGGGGCUGCUGAUCUGUUUUCUAAUAAUUUUUGACCAGGGUUGUUUUGUUAAAGGCAAACGUAUCAGUCAUGUGAGAUAGGUUUGCUUUUUAUGUUUACUAGUCUUAACAUGAAAAAUCCACGUAGGCCUGCUAUUGUGGAGAGCAGUAAUAAUACACAGUUCUCAGACCCAGAUGUCCCAUUCAUCUGAAAGUUUUAAGUCACUGGGGAGAAAUGUCAAAGAGCCAGAAGUUCUGCAGAUUUUAUUUUAGUUUAUAUUUUGGUAUUGGAAAAUACAUCAUGAAAUCAGCAUUCUUAAAUAUGUACAUUUAAAGUAACUUUUUAUUAUCCCAUCCCCAACCUUUAUUUUUUAUUUUUAAAGAUGAGGUUUGUUUUUUUUUAAUAGAUUGAAAACUUGCAUGGUGGAGAGUACACACUAAGAAACACUUUUACAUGCCUUCACUUGUAUCACGCAGACUCAGGUUUAGUGGAGUUGGAAGCUCAUUCAAUUUGGGAGGUCCUCUUUAAGAAAAAAGAGCAAAAGAUUAUGAAUAAAAAUUGAUGCAAAGAUGAGUAUUUAUUUCAAAAUGAUUCAGUUAAAUGAUUUGGUGCCCUUUCUUUUGAGAUUUCUUUGCCACAGAUGCUUACAGAGAGAUGUCUCUUCAUGUCGCUUCCCAGCUAUAACAUGGAUUCCCAAGGACUCUUGGCACUCUGAGGGGACAUGCAACAGGGACCCUGAAUUUUAAACUUCAUCAGCAUCAUGUCAAUUAUUCUCUGUCUCUUUGAAUAUGCUGCUGAAUCAGUGACAAUAUAACCGGUUAGAUGACAUCUAGGAAGCUGGAGAAGACAUUUAGUUGGAAUUAGCUGUGAAAUGGAGUUUCAAGUUAACCUCAAGGUGGAUAUUGCAGAUUUUAAAGCAAAUCGGGAAAAUAGAAAAGCUUUAUAAAGCAUAAAGCUUUAAAAAUAGUUACCAAAAAGUAGAAUAAUUCCAGGAUACAUAACUUCUCUGCAUAAGUUAUUGCAGUGAAAGAUUCAUUAGAAAAAUGUAACGAUAAAAAGAAGAGGUAUCUAUGUUUUCCAGAAAGCUGUAUUUCCUGAGGUGUUUAAUUUUUUGUAUGUCUCACACAGCAAGCUUUCUGGUGGCAGAGCAACAUCUAGCCUUGACAUCUGAUGUAAAUCUUUAUGCUCUCUUUGGAAUAAAACGAUUGCAGCACUUUCUUACCAUCAGUGGGGCAUGAAUUGCUGAUAUGUUAUUUGAUGGAUCCAAGUAUAUCAAUUGUCUUUGACACCAAGAGCCUCGAUGGCUCAAACUCUAGAGAUAGUUAUUCAAAGAAGAGUUUUAGUCCUUGGCCAUGGAAUGCCCCAUAACCCAGAGAAACCCGAAACCCAGGUUAGCCUUUCGAUUCUGUGUGUUCAUCACUUAUGUAUUUACUUACUGCCAGUCACUUUGUUGAAUGCUCUGAGAUACUAAUGUUUGUCAACUAUGAUUUGCUUAUGCGAAGAUGAGAAAGGAUCUUGGCUACUGCUUUAUCUGUCUACUUCCAGUACAUGUCAAAAGUCCACUAGUUUGGGAACUUAGAUUAGUUACCUGUUGUCUUAGUCCAUUUGGGCUGUUAUAGCAAAAUACCACAGACUUGGUAAUUUGUAAACUGUAGACAUCUGUCACUGUUCCGGAGGCUGAGAAGUCCAAGAUCAAGGCACCAGUAGGAUUGGUGUCUGUUGAGGGCUGCUCUCUGAUUCCAAGAUGGUGCUUUGUUGCUGCACCCUCUAGAGGGAAGUACACCAUAUCCUUACAUGGCAGAAGGGACAGAUGUGCUCCUUUGACCUCAGCCCUUUUAUAAGGGUGCUAAUCUUAGUCAUGAGAGCCUUGCCCUCUUGACUUAAUCACUUCCCAAGGGCCACACCUCCCAAUACUGUUGCAUUGGGGUUUAAGUUUCAACAAUUUAAUAAAUUACUAAUUAAUUAAUUAAAUUUAAUUUUGGAAGGGACACCAUCAUUCAAACCAUAGCACCUAUGUUGUAAAGUCAAGCUGAGUUGAUAGCAUAUGUCAUGUGUUCACUCUUUAAUGAAGAUUUUCCUUGAGCUCAGUUUGGUGACUUUGAUGGCAGAGGCAGUCAAGCUGGCAUCUGGGUGGAAGAUGCAUGUUGAAAGUGGCAGAGAUGGACAAAGGGAUUUUAGGAGAGUUUCUGGUGGCUUGGGAGUAUAUUUUACCCAUCUGGUAUUUCUUCAAGAGAGAAUCCAGGUUUAAAUUACUUGAACUGUUGUUAAUUAUUUUUGGUUUCUUAAUUUUGUUGGUUUUUUUUUGUUCUUGUUUUUUAAAUGUGUGUUUAGUUUGACAGACUCUGAGGUAUUUAUAUGCAGUACUGCUUUUCUUCCCCUCCUGCCACAAUAACAUACACAAAAGCAUGUAAACUUACCUUUUGUCAUGUUCUCUAUCCUUUUCUGAACCUUUUGUGAGGGUUUCACAGAAGUCCUGCUGGGAUCCAGGUCUUCUUUUCAUUUAACGGAUGAGGAAUUGUAAAUCUAGGAAGAUGUGCUUUUGUGGUUUCCUCGAGAUCAUUCCAUGCCCUUCACCAUGACUGGAACCCAGCUGACUGACUCCCAUCUCUAAAGUUCUAGAAGGGGUGAUCUGUAUAUAGGCCAGUUUGGCUAAUGGUACCAUCACAAGCAUCCCAUUGCAAGUAUGUAUUGCACAGAAUUGCAUGGUGACAUCUUAAUUGGCCAUUUAAUUUACAUAGAUACAACAUUUUCAAGGCAUUUGAAAUAUCGGAAUAGCCUGAGAAAUGUGCACAUAUUAUCUGCUGAAAUUAAUAUGUGGAAAAGAUUUAAAGAUAUACCAGUGUCUUAACAACAACUGAAGACACAGUUUGGCAUGGCUAUAGCAUGUGAAAAAUACCUUUCUUACAGAAAACAUAUGCUGAAUCAGGCAUUUUCAUUUGGAAGUUAACCAACAGUUGGAGUAUAAAAAUGGAAUCAUUAGCUCCCCCACGCCCAGAGUAAAUUCUGAAUAGAUCAAAUUUGCCAAUGCAGAUGGACCAUACAGAUUCUGAAAUCCCUUUCUGAUGUUUCAUAUUUAAUGAUAUGCCUAUUUAUUUAGAAAUUUAAAAUGAUUAUACUUAUUCACAUAAAUUAUAUCUGUAAUUAAAUGUCUCUUCCCUCAGCAUUGCAGUAUAAUUGUUUUAUCAUGGUGGUUCUUGGUUUUGAGAUUCCAUAAGAAUUGUCUGUUGUUGUGUUUACUUUAGAGUUAGACCGUAAGCAGUGGAUGGAGAUUUUAUAUGUAGCACAAGAUCUUGAGUUUCCUAAUUUGUUUUUAUGUUACUUAAGCAGAAUUGAAAGCAUAGCCUUAUGUAAAACUAAGUCCAUGUACUGUAGGGGGAGGAUGCAUGUUGGUACCUUUCUAGCACCUGCAGUUUCCAUUAUCCCUCUUCUGCACCCAGCCUUUAGUAGUGGGAUCCUCCCACACUCCCACCAACCUUAAUGUGAGUAUCAUGGGGUUUUUACAUAAGUUCCCAAUUACUGCAGGUCAAGAUUCAAUCAAAAGAGUUCUUUUCUCCAUUGCAGUUCACUUAAGUAAAGCAAUCUCACAUUAAAAGUCCAGAGCACUGCAGAAGGCACAGAGUGAUAACAAAUAGGAGGACGAGUUAGAAGAGACGUGCUGGCUGGGAGGACUCAGUAGGUCCUGGGCUUUAAGCAAAGUGUAGUGAAGAUUGGAUAAACUGCUGUUAAGAUAUGUGUAUAGAGCUACUUCUCCUUAACCUGGCUUGGUGCCCAAACCUCCUGCUAAAAGAGUCACUUUUAAGUGUUAAAUUUAUCCUUCAAUUUUCUUUUUUAUAGCUUAACAGUCUCUUUAGGUUCUCACAAAGUAGAGUGGUAGGAAAUUUGUAUUUUUUUCUAUGAAACUUUCUUCCACUGAAAGCUUGUUGGAAAAUAAGAGCUAUGUUUUGCAAAUAAACCCCAGAGGUUUGAUGGACUGUAUACGUACAUUCUGUGAAAUAGAGUGAAAUGCUAUCCGCCAGAGAUACCUUACAGUUCAUACCACCAAAGACAUCAAAGGCAUUCUAACAAUAAUAAAUACCACAGUCUUUAGAAACAACAUACACAAUACAUUAUUUUUAGUCCCUAGGCAAGCACAAUUACUGGAAAAUAAAUUAUCCAGCACUUUUGGAGUGAUAAAUUAGUAAAUUGUCAAUUCUCCAAAAUAUAGCUGCUUGAAUUUUUUAAAAAGAGAUUUUUUUUUUUCCUUUUCAGAAGUUCCAAUGAGAAAGCAACAAAAAGAGAAAUUUUCAUGGUUCCAUACAGGAAAGAUGACAGGAUGGAUUGUGAACUUGUAGGUUACAACUAGCUGCACAUGUAUUUUAUUUGGUCUGCAUAGUGUUUUAAAAAAAUUAAUUUAAAAUAUGAACAUUUUAAAAUCGAGGUAUUUAAAAUAAAUUUAUCAGCUUGUGACAUUCCUGGGGAGACAUGGCAACAUCUGGCCCUGUCUCCUCCCUGGUAGUAUUUUCUUGGAGCAGAAUAGUAGCUGCACUGCUUCCUUGCAGGUGGAAGAGUGAAGGCUUGCUUUAUCUUGACUAGGCCUGCUUUACUCGUUUAUGAUACCUGCCUGCCCCUGCUGGCCGUUCUGACCCCUGCCGGCCGUUCUGACCCCUGCCGGCCGUUCUGACCCCUGCCGGCCGUUCUGACCCCUGCCUAAGGAAAACCACAAUAGCCUUCUGCAAAAUGUGUUCACAGCUGGGAGAGGAAGAGGCUUAAUUUGUAUUGCAGAGAGAACUGGCAUCAGUGGGGGCUCUCGGGGUCGUAUGGGGCAGUUAGGAGCAUUCUAGGAACAUGGAUUGGAGCUCCAGUGUCAGUAUCCUGGGAAUAUCUGCCUGCUUAGACCCUCUAUAAAAGCUCUGUGCAUCCUGCCUCCUGAGGACUCUGAAGACGUAGCAGUCUUCUGAAAGAACUUGGAGAAAGGUCUUCAGGAUACCCCAGUGAUGGGCAAACUGCUCAUUGUUCCUGUCUGCACCAUCAAUUUGAGGUCAAGCUUUGAGGUUGCUGCUGUUUACUUCUUUCAUGCCAGUUGACGAAAUGUCGUUCAGAUUCGGCCAACAUCUCAUCAAGCCUUCUGUGGUGUUUCUCAAAACGGAACUGUCUUUCGCUCUUGUGAAUAGGAAACCUGUGGUACCAGGACAUGUCCUCGUGUGUCCGCUGAGGCCAGUGGAGCGCUUCUGUGACCUGCGUCCUGAUGAAGUGGCUGAUUUGUUUCAGGCGACCCAGAGAGUUGGGACAGUGAUUGAGAAACAUUUCCAUGGGACCUCUCUCACAUUUUCUAUGCAGGAUGGCCCCGAAGCCGGACAGACUGUGAAGCAGUGGAUUUGUACUAUCCUGGACCAGAUUGUCAGAAGGGAUGAACAGAGCUGGGAACAUUCGGAGCUCAGACAUACCCUGACCCUCACUAGCACGUUCACGUCCAUGUUCUUCCCAGGAAGCCUGGAGACUUUCACAGGAAUGACAGCAUCUAUGAUGAGCUCCAGAAACACGACAAGGAAGAGGAGGACUCCCGGGCCUCUUGGAGAUCGGAGGAGGAAAUGGCAGCAGAAGCUGCCGCUCUGCGGGUCUACUUUCAGUGAUGCAGAUGUUUUUCAGAUCCUGAAUGCCAUCACAAGGGCUAAUGCCAACCAGUUUGAAGACCACCCCCAAGAGGAACUGAAUCAGCAUGAAAAUGCAGUUUCUGCAUCUCCCCAUCCUGUGACUUCAUCCUGCAUUCUUCAACCAGUGAGCCCCCACCUCGGUCACUCCAAACCCUUUUAAAUACCUAGGUCUAAGCUGCUCAGACAGGCAGAUUUGAGGUUUCCUCCUGUCUCCUUAUUCAGCAGCCUUAUGAUUAAACUUCCUUCUCUGCUGCAA